GUGAUUUCCUCGGCAUUCCUCCAAUAAUGUAUCGCGCAAGCCAGGCAGAACAGCCAGGGCCCUACCCUCUCAGUCACCGAAACGGACUUCUCCGACCUCAGUCUCUACGACGAAUACGCCUCGAGCGUCUCUUCCGGCUCUCCUCCCAACGUUACUAUCUCCAAGGUCGAGGCCACCUUCUACUAUGCGGGGAUCUCCUAUUUCCCUCCCAAGCUGGUCUAUCGCACGUCGAAGGAUCCCUUUAUCAUGCCCAAGGGACCAGAGGCGUAUCGUCGCUUGAAGUAUCUUUAUCCGGUCUAUGACCACAAGCUUGGCGACAAAUGGGAGGAUGUCUGUCCCAGGGUUCGUGGCCUUCUCGACAAGCAGCAGGUCCGCUUUUCGACCAUCGACCUCGUCCGUUUCCGCACGGUCCCGGACCAACAAACACCUGCUUCUAUCACUCCUGUCGUGAUCUGGGUCGGCGUUCUUCCCGAUAGUCUCGCCGUUGAGGAUGCGUCCAACUCAGCCAACGCCAUACUUGCACUCCUCAAUGACGAGGGCAUUACAGCUGUCGACAUCGAAUUCCGGGAAUCGGUGUUCAGGCGCUCAGCUGGUGUAGAGCUCUACGAACCCGCCUCGGACCUGGAUGCAAUUAGGCACGUCAUUGAUCCUCUCACUACUGCGCUUGGACUUCCUAUCGCUUCCGCGAAGACGCCCCACCUCCAGGGUACUAUGGGCUUCUACUUCAAGGACGGCGACGACCUCUAUGGUGUUACGGCCCGUCAUGUUCUCUUCCCCACAGAUGAGGACAACUCCGACUACACCUACAACCCCAGAGGGCCUCGUAAGGAAGUCCUCCUCAUGGGAACCAAGGCAUGGGACGACUACCUCAAGUCCGUCCAGAUCCAGAUAGGAGUCCUUGGCACUGCGGCGGAAAUCCACGAGAGGUCGAUCGGGAGGUUGGAGGGGAGGGUGGCAGGUGAUGACCCUGCCGCUGAGAAGGCGAAGAAGGAGCUGACAAAGACUCGGGAGCUGCUGAAGGAGACGACCGACGCGAUUGACGAGCUUCAGGAGCUCUACGAGCAGACGAAGAAGGACUUUGGUAAGCCGAGCCAGCGUGUGAUCGGUCAUGUUGUCUGGUCGCCUGGUAUCACUGUCGGUACCGGCCCGCAUGGCUUCGCCAAGGACGUUUGCGUCGUCAAACUCGACAAGGCCAAGUUUUUGCCUAACUUUAAGGGGAACGUUAUCGACUUAGGGACGGAGAUCGAGGCUGCCAAGUUCCAAAACAAGAUGAAUCCUCGCAAGGACGCGCCGUUCGGCUUCAAAUACCCAGAUGAACGCCUCCUCGAGCUCAGGGGCAUUCUUGCCGAAGAUCGCAUGCGCCAUCCCGACAUGAAGGAUCACGAAGGCGAAAACUGCCUCUUCGUUAUCAAGCACGGCCUUACGACCCGCACCACGAUUGGUCGUGCUUCCAGGUUCUUCUCCUAUGCGCGCGAAUACUUCUCCAACCAGACUCACCGGGAUUCGAUUGAAUGGGCAAUUCUCCCAUACGACAACGGCUCAGGCGCGUUCUCCAAAGGCGGAGACUCCGGAUCGAUGAUCGCCUCCGGCUCUGGCGAAUUCGGUGGCCUCAUUACUGGCGGGUCUGGCAAGACGGAGUCGUCGGAUAUCACUUAUGCUACACCGAUGUUCUGGCUCUGGCUCAUCAUCAAGGCUAAGUUCCCCAAUGCCAACCUCUACCCGGUCUUCAACUAG